AUGAGCGCAUUAUCCCACGGCCAACAUUUCUUCAAGGCAGCUGGUGUCCGUUUCAACUACCUUGUGCGAGGAACAGGCCCCCUUGCGAUCGUCCAGUCCGUAGGCUGGGGAUUACCAGGAGCCUAUCUUGGGAAUGGUAUUGGCCCGUACCUCGAGGACAAGCGGACGGUGGUCUACUUUGAGCCCCGGGGAAAUGGAGAUUCGAGCAAGCCAGACGACUCUUCAACGAUGACCACCAAAACCAUGGCGGAGGAUAUCGAGCACCUAAAAUCCCACCUUGGCCUCAAAACUUUACCGUUGCUUGUUGGCCACUCUCAUGGCGGGGCCAUUGCCUUGCGUUACGCGCAACGCUACCCGGAUCGCGUUUCUAAGUUACUCCUCAUUUCGCCACAGGUCAUGGAUAGCCCCCGAGGCCAUGUUAAGGCUUGGAUGGAAAAGCGCAAGGAUGACCCCGCGUACGCUCCUGCAGCGGCGAAACUAAUCGAGGUCGCAAGAGCUGGUGGCCCCAAGAGUGAUGAGCAAUUCCAAGAAGCCUUGGACACGAUGCUUCUCUGGUGGUUCACAGAUGUCAAGAAGGCCGAAAUUCUCAGAAAACAUUUAGCUGGCAGCCGGAACCUGCCCACUGCUUCUGCAUGGCAAACGAACCGUAACGAUAUGUCAGAAGAAAACAGCAUACCGCACAUCAAGGACGCCGGACUAGUAAAAGCUGAGACUCUCGUUAUCCAAGGCGCCGAAGAUGCUGCCUGUAGUCCUGAAGGCGCACUUGCGAUAACAAACGGAAUUAAGGGCUCCAAGCUCAAGAUUUUCCCAUCAGUUGGGCACUUCCCUUGGAUCGAGGACCCUGAAGGAUUUCGGAAGGAAGUUGACAAUUUUAUCACAUCUUAG